AUGUCUGGGCUACUCCAGUUCAAGGGCAUGAAGAUGCUCACUUCACUGGGCUUCGUAUUCGCUGCCGUCUCUUUAGCAAGCUGUGUCCCCGUGCAGCAGGUGUCCAGCCGCAGCAAAGUCCUCCUGGUGUCCUUCGAUGGCUUUCGGUGGAACUACGACCAGGACGUGGACACCCCCAACCUCGACGCUAUGGCUGCGGAGGGGGUGAAGGCGCGGUACAUGACUCCUGCCUUUAUCACCAUCACCAGCCCGUGCCACUUCACGCUGCUGACCGGGAGAUACCUGGAGAACCACGGGGUGAUCCACAACAUGUGGUUCAACACCGGCCGCUUCCCGGGCACAGCCCCGGGUUUAAAGACGGGCUCUAUCCAUUUCCCUGGAGGGAAAGCAAAGUACCAAGGGGAAGAAGUGAGUAUGAAGCUGGUGGAGCCCGCCGUGUUCAACUACAGCAAUGAAACCAACUGGAGACUAAACAUCGACACAGCCAUGGAAUGGUUCACGGUGAAGAAUCUCGACUUCAUCGCCCUCUACUUCGGUGAGCCGGACUCAGCAGGACACAAGUACGGCCCUGAAUCCAUGCAGAGGAAAAACAUGAUCAAGCAGGUGGACAGAACCAUCGGUUACUUGAGGCAGCGUAUCCGGGAAAGUGGUCUGGAAUCAAACCUCAACCUCAUCAUCACGUCUGACCACGGCAUGGAGACUGUCCUAAAGACCAACGAGAUUCACAUCGGGGCAAUAAAUAACUUCACGUUCAAAGAUAUCCAGUUCGAACUCUUAGAUUACGGACCAAAUGGACUACUGGUGCCAAAAGAAGGAAAAUUAGACCAUGUGUAUUCAGUUCUGAAAAACGCCCACCCAAAAUUACAUGUGUACAAGAAAGAAGAGUUUCCGAAGAGAUUCCACUACGCCAACCAUCCCCGGAUCACCCCGCUCCUGUUGUACGGCGAUCCAGGAUACGUCAUCCAUGGGAGAUACAAGGUCCAGUUCAAUAAAGGGGAACACGGUUUUGACAACGAGGCCAUGAACAUGAAAACCAUCUUCCGCGCUGUGGGACCGGCCUUCAAGCAGGGGCUGGUGGUUGAGCCCUUCGAAAGCGUCAAUGUCUAUGCCCUCCUCUGCGAGCUGCUGGGCAUCACCCCUGAGCGCCACGAUGGCUCCCUGGAGACCAUGAAGCCCAUGCUGCGUGAGUCUGCUCCGCGCGCUCCCGCCAAGAAGCUGCCGGUGAUGCUGGGGAUGGCUCUCCUUCUGGGAUGCUGGGGAGGAAUGCACUAA